GGAACCUUUUGGUGUCACAGCAGGCUCUAGCAAUGUUAUUUAAGAGAGAGACCGAACCAUCUUUCCCUCUUUCAUUUUCUCUUGACGGUCGAGAGAGCGAUGUCGUUCAUGUUAUCUUUUCUUGAUACCCCAUAAGUGCAGAGUGCGUUGCGUUCCUUCCUUAGUAGACAACCUUCCCAAUACCGAUUCCCCGCGACGGCCAGUUACUCUUUAGAAAACCAUGCAGCCCUCCGAGAUGUUCGUUGGGUCGAUCGAUCAGGGGACGACCAGCACCCGGUUUCUGAUCUUCAACCGCGAUGGUGAACCCGUUGCAUCCCACCAGGUGGAAUUUGGCCAGAUCUACCCACAUCCAGGCUGGCACGAACACGAUCCCCUCGAACUCGUCUCGUCCGUGGAGACCUGCAUCGCAGGCGCCGUCCAAACCUUCGAAAGCCUCGGCCAUGCCCGCGCCAGCAUCGCCUGCGUGGGAAUCACUAAUCAACGCGAAACAACGGUCGUCUGGGACCACAAGACGGGUGAACCCCUCCACAACGCCAUUGUGUGGACCGACACCCGCUCCCAAGCCAUCGUCUCCGAACUAAAAGCCCGACCCGGCGCCUCCCAUCUCCAAUCCCUCUGUGGCCUCCCGCUAUCAACAUACUCGUCGGCGACAAAACUGCUAUGGAUGCUCGCACACGUGCCCAAGGUCAAAGAGGCCUUUGAUCGCGGGACUUUGGCGUUUGGAACCGUCGAUGCUUGGCUGGUGUACCGUUUGAAUGGCGGCGCGGCUGCUAACGUGUUUGUCUCGGAUUCGACAAACGCUUCACGGACCAUGUUUGUGAAUCUGGAGAAGUUGCAGUAUGAUGAUGCUUUGCUGGAUUUCUUCGGUAUCAAGGGGAAGAUUCAUUUGCCGAGGAUUGUCCCCUCGAGCGACCCCGAGGCGUACGGGGUGAUUGCGAGCGGUGUCCUUGCCCAUGUGCCCAUUAUGGGGUGUCUGGGUGAUCAGUCAUCGGCGCUGGUGGGACAAAAGGGGUUCUCGCCAGGCAUGGCGAAGAACACAUACGGCACAGGCUGCUUCCUGCUGUAUAAUGUUGGCGAGAAGCCGGUGAUCUCAAAACAUGGGCUACUGGCGACGGUGGCAUAUGAUUUUGGCGGGAAGCCCGUGUAUGCGCUGGAGGGGAGUAUUGCGGUAGCCGGGUCCGGGGUAAAAUUCCUGCAGAAUAAUCUUUCCUUUUUCCAGGACUCGGAAGAGGUGAAUGACUUGGCUUUGACGGUGGAGGAUAAUGGGGGUUGUGUGUUUGUGACUGCGUUUAGUGGCUUGUUUGCGCCCUAUUGGAUCGACGAUGCCAAGGGGACAAUCUUUGGGAUCACCCAGUAUACGCAAAAGGGGCAUAUUGCCCGCGCCACCCUCGAAGCAACUUGUUUCCAGACGAAAGCCAUCCUCGACGCAAUGGAAAAGGACAGCGGCAAGGCUCUUUCUGAACUCGCAGUGGAUGGAGGAAUGAGCAACUCAGAUCUAGCAAUGCAGACCCAAGCAGACCUCAUUUCUAUACCGGUAUAUCGUCCCCAAAUGCGCGAAACCACCGCAUUGGGUGCCGCCAUUGCCGCCGGCCUCGCCGUAGGCAUGUGGCGCAAUUUUGCCGAGCUGCGCGACAUCAAUCGCGCCGGUGGCGCCGUCUUCGAGCCCCAAAUCACCCGCGAAGAAAGCGCAGCUAAUUUUGGUAAAUGGGAGAAAGCAGUGCGCAUGAGUAGGGGCUGGACCGGCCCAGAUAGUUCACCGAACAAGGAUGGGGAUAGAAACUUGGACGCCGAGAUCAAGUCCAUCUCGCACGACACUCAAUUCAACAACAUGACCAAGACCACAACCAACGGAACUACGACAGCGCCGAACGAGAGUCGAGGCGUGGGUAUUCUCAAGGCCGUGCCACGACAGAAUACUUCGCCGCUGGUAUCGGAACUGGUGACGAGUGGGGGUCUAGGUACAACGCUGAAAGUUAAGACGAGAACCGCUGCAAAUGGUGAUGCAGACAGAAAUAGGGAUUGGGACUUUUCACCGGCAAAGACGCCGUUGAUUAGUGUCUCGGGAGAUUUGGAUGAGGCGGAUGAGGAAGAUUUAUUCCUGGAGCUGAGGAAGGUGGAGAUUUUGCAAAAGUUGAAGAAAUUGAGGAAGUUGAAGCUGAAUUAUUUCUAGGUUGGGAUAUUGAUUCGUAUAUUGAGAUAGCGAGGCAGGAUGGAGUCAAAGUUCAAGUUGGUUGGCGUUUAGAUAGUGAGGGCUUGCUUUUUGAAGAGUGAGCCGGUUCAGGUGAAUCUGAUGGGAAUGCCAUUGUUGACAGAAA